AUGGUUAAGUUCAACAACAUCGCCGCUCUGACGGCCCUCGUCGCCUCUGCCUCUGCCCAGACCUACCAGCGUCUUGGUGGUUGCCCCAAGCUCGGCUGUGUCCUGCCCCCAGACCAGUCCGAGUUCCUCCCUGGACAGCUCUUCGACCUCCGUGUCGAGGUCCACGCCCCGGUCAACGGCUCCGAGGCUGCCCACGACGGCAAGCCCGAUGAGCAGUUCAAGGUGACCAUCGCCAAGGGCAGCGAUGCUCCCCGCGACUUCUCCACGGCUUUCGGAAUCAAGGACCCCGAGCUGGAGAAGUGGAACUUCACCUGGUACGAGGAUCUCUACGCCGAGGACGCCAAGAAGCCCAGUCUUGUCAAUGUUGCCUCCAAGGCCUACCGCAAGCUCGCUCUCUACGAGCCUGGCACUUACACCGUCACCCUCGAAUACUACAGUGGCGAGAAGACCACUGCUACCUGGACUGUCCGUGAGCUUGUCCAGGACAAGAAGGCUAAGAACGUCGUCCUCUUCAUUGGCGAUGGCAUGACCACUAACAUGAUCACCGCCGCCCGUCUGCUGGGACACAAGGCCAUCAAUGGCAAGUACCAGAGCAAGCUCAAGCUUGACGAGUUCCCCAUCAUCGGUCACCAGAUGACCCACUCCCUCGACAGCUACAUCACCGACUCUGCCAACUCCGCCUCUGCUCUUUACACUGGCCACAAGAGCACUGUUAACGCCAUGGGUGUUUACGUCGACUCCUCCAAGUCUCCCUUUGAUGACCCCAAGGUCGAGACCAUUGUUGAGAUCUUCCGCCGUGUUCGCCGUGGUGCCUGGGGUGCUGUCUCCACUGCCAUGAUGUCUGAUGCUACUCCCGCUGCUCUUACCGGCCACAGCCGUGACCGUUACCAGUACGGUGCUCUCAUUGACCAGGCCCUUAACGGCAUGACCAACUACAGCUGGACCUCCCAGAACGGUCCUGAUGUCUUCUUCGGUGGCGGUGCCGACCAGUUCGUCCCCAGUUCUGCCUCUUACCAGGGCAAGGACUACUAUGCCGAGUUUGCCAAGAAGAACUACAGCGUCAGCACCAACAAGACCUCUCUUCUGGCUCUUGGCAACAAGGAGAAGGCACUCGGUAUCUUCUGCCAGAGCCACAUGCCUGUCUGGCUCGACCGCAACGUCUACAAGGACAACCUCAAGGCCUUCAAGAACCACCCUAACGGUAGCAAGGACCCCGCUCUUGAUCUCCCCGGCCUCACCGAUAUGACCGUCAAGGCUGUUGAGAUUCUUGCCAACCGUGGUGGUGACAAGGGUUUCUUCCUCAUGUCCGAGGCUGCUUCCAUCGACAAGCAGAUGCACGCUCUCGACUACGACCGUGCUCUUGGUGAUCUUCUCGAGCUUGACCAGGCCGUCCGUGCUACUACCGACAAGCUCAAGGAGCUUGGUAUCCUCGAGGACACCCUUGUCCUCAUCACCGCUGACCACGGUCACGGUUUCGAUGUUUGGGGUUCUGCCGAUACCAAGUACCUCUCUGAGCAGCAGGACAACCGUGGCAAGCGCCGCGCCGUUGGUGUCUACCGCGAGUCUGGUCAGUCCCAGUACACCAACCCUGUUGAUGGUGUUAACUACGGCACUGGCGCCAGCUUCCCGGCCAACUGGGAGCCUCGCUACGCCAUCGCUGCUGGUUUCGGUGCCAUGCCCGACCACCGUGAGGACUACAAGGUCCACAAGGCUGCUCCCCGUACUCCUGCUUCCAAGAUCGGUAGCGAAUACUAUGCCGAUGGUAAGGAUUCCGUCAACGGUUUCGUGGUCAACGGAACCCUGCCUACCAGUGAGGCCCAGGGUGUCCACUCUCUGACUGAUGUCGCCGUCUACGCUCGCGGCCCUUGCCAGGAUACCUUCUCCGGUACUUACAACAACAUUGACAUCUUCUACAAGAUUGCCAACUGUCUUGGACUUGGCAAGAGCGAUGCUGGGAACGGCGAGGACUGCCCUGCCAAGAACUAA